AAAAAAUUACCAACGGUCAUAAAAUUAAAUUCUCUAUAAAUAGACAUGCAUUUUGAUAUGUUUUGAUAUAAUUUCGUAAUCACCUAAAAUCCUCCACUUUUUUAUUUUCUUAAGCAUUUUAAAUUUGUAGAAGAAUAUAUUUGUUGCAAAACAUCCAUAUUGAGAAUCUUUUAAUGGAUCCAAACAACCCAAAUUUCCGUCAACAAUUUUCUGGUUUUAGUGAUGAUUUCCUAACUAAUCCCGAGUUUCAAUUGUUCUUGCAAAGAAUGGGCAAUACGUCUUUGCAACCACCUCCACAGUAUCAGACACCUACUCAGUUUCCCCUACGAAACCAUGUUAAUGAAGAAUGUACACCUGAAAUUGAACAUGAUAGCAACACACAAUUCGAUGAGAGCGAAGAAGACAACGUACCAGAGACGCCGCAAUAUCCUCCACCAGUUCCCGAACUGAAAUCCAACCAGGUUGUUGCACGAGCGACUCGAAUUUGGUCAGUUGCGGAAGAUGAAACUCUGAUUGGGUUGUACUUGGAGAUCAGCGAGAAUGCUAUUAAAGGCACGAGCCAGAAAGCAACUUCCCUUUGGCGCGAUGUACACGCAGCAUAUCAACUUGCUCAUGCGGAGAAGCCGCAUAUACUUCCACCAAGACCUAUGAAGAGUCUGACGUCGCACUGGAGAAGGUUGGCAGCAGACACACUACAGUGGAUAUCUUGCUAUGAUGAAGCAGGUAGACUUCCGGAGGGAGGGAGUGGUUACAACGAAGCUGACCGUAUAAAAAGUGCGUCGAAGCUUUUCCAUCUCGCCCAAGGUCGUAAUUUCGCUUUUCCUCACGCUGUUGAAAUGCUUAAUAGAGAUCCAAAGUGGAGGCCAAAGCUGAGAUGGUCCUUGUCAAAGGAGGAAAGAAAAGCUGUUCGUGAUGUUGAGGAGCAAGGUAGUGCUGGAAGUGGGAAGAGGUCCAGAGAUGAUGGAGGGGAUGAAACCCCUACGGAUGGUUUUUCAUCUGGAGGAAUACAACGACCCGAAGGUGUGAAGAAAGCAAAGGCCAAGCGUAAAGGGAAAGAAGUAGCUUCGGACAGUGGUUCGUCUGAGCUUAGCGAACGAAUGAAGGAAUUGGCAACAAUUCGCGAGAGGGAGGCCAUUCUGAAGGAAGAGCGGAUCAAAAUUGAAAGGGAGAAGGAACAGAGGAAAAGGGAGGAACUUGACAUUCAUAAGAUGAAAACCUGGUUUGAUAUGGUGCAAGCUAUGAAGAAUUCGCCUACGCCACUCACUCCUGAAGAAGAGUCGUACAAGAAUUUCUUACUGGGUAAAUUACAGGGCUUAUAAGCAUGUUUGGUUGUAGUAGGUGUGCGCUUGUAUUAGUUAAGUUUUUAAUUAUGCGCAAUGUAGUCUUUUAUGUUUAACAUGUAUUAGUGGUGUGUUUAAUUUCACUGUCAUAUGUAAACUUGUAUUCUGAUUU